AUCAAAACUUUUCUAAAAAAAAUAAUAAUUUUGGAGCAACAAUUUAUUACUUAGCUCCAAAAUACAAUGGCUUCUUCAAAAAUUACCAUAGCCCUUUUUCUUCUCUUCAACAUCCUCCUCUUCGUUACCGCGACCGCCACUAACGCCCCGUGCCCACCCCCGCCCAAGAAACCCACCAAAUGUGGCUCUUGUGGCGGCGGUGGCGGUGGCGGUGGCGGAAAUCAUGGUGGGGGGCGCCAGCCCCCGAGGCCGGGAAGCUGCCCCCGGGACACCCUUAAAUUAGGGGUGUGCGCAAAUGUGCUAAACAAUUUGCUCCACUUGACGGUCGGGAGUUCUUCUAAAAGCCCUUGUUGCUCAUUGAUCAGCGGGCUAGCUGAUCUUGAUGCGGCCGUCUGCCUCUGCACUGCCAUUAAGGCUAAUGUCCUUGGCAUCAACCUCAACGUCCCGGUGUCCCUCAGCCUGCUCUUGAACUUCUGCGGCAAGAAGGCCCCGUCGGGCUAUCAAUGCGCGUAAGCCCGAUUGGAAACUUUGUUUAUGUUGAAAUCAAAUAUCCGGCUUUUAUAAUUACGUGUUUGAUGUAAUGGGUUGUUGCAUUGCAUGCUUGGUUAUAGAUUUUUUUUUUUUUUUUUUUUUAAUGUUUGGAUUCGGCACGUUUAUGCAGAAGAAUAUAAUGUUUGUACUUGUGUUUGGGUGGUUAUUGCAUACGAUAUAGAAGGCUACUGGCUUUCUGAUGCUUGCGAUUGUAAUAAUAUUGCUUUUUAUUUAUA